AUGAAGGCCACCCCCGUGCUCCUGCUGGCGACCCUCCUGGGGCUCAGUGCCUCCUUCGCCUCCGCCUCCGAAGCGCGAGAGGAGAGAAUCUUCGCCUACUACUCCACCACCUCCGUCACCAGCCUCACCACCGUCACCAUCACGGCCCUCUCCACCUGCCUCUCCACCGCCACCACGGCCUGCCUCGGGAGGAAGAAGAGGGCGGGGAUCAGCUCGUUCGCCGAGCUAGAGAACGAGAGGGACGACGAUCCCAUCAACCUGGAAGGAAGCCAGAGCGACGACAUCGAAGAAGUGCACUCGCAGGUCAAGCGAUCGUUCGAGGGCGAGCAGGCGGAGGAACCCAGUCGGGACGGCAAGAGGCUCACCAUCUGGUCCACGAACUACACCACGCUGACUCUGACUUCGACUUCCGUGCAGCCGUCCACCACCGUCACCGCCUCCGCUCUCUGCAUCGCCCCCGGGGUCAACCAGGGCUGCUUCCUCGGUUAGGGGAAAAUAGGGAGCAAAAUUGGCCCGGCGGUAUUUUGGCCGUUAUGACGUCACGCAGCCCCCGCAGUUCUUCCUCCGUUGGCUCCUCCUCUUCUCUUCCGUAGCUCCGCCCACAUUUUAUUUAUUUUCCCCGAUGUUCAGAUUUGUUUUUUGAUUUUUUGUUUAUGUUCGUCAUGGCUUUGGCAUUUUGUGAGUUGCUAACAUAUGAUUUAUGUUUUCGUCACUUGUUUCGCAAUGAUCAAUAAUUUUCAUUAAUUCAAUUAAUGAAAUAUGAAAUUCAGCGCAGAUAAUUCACAAUAAAUGAAAGAGAGGAUGGAAGGAAGUCGUUGGGGACGCAUUCGGAUGAUGAAUGGAUAACCCUUCUUGUUAUUUAUUUUAAAUAUUGUUGUUCCUGCUCAGAACCUUACGUGUAUGUACAUAUUGUAUGAUAAAAUAUUUGUUAGUGUA